AUGCUCGAAUUCUACAUGGCAUGGACAGCCCUCCGACUGAUGAACAAGGAGCAGAAAUCUGUUAAGUGGCCUUGGUGGUUUCAAAUGCUAUCAUUUUCAUGGCUACCAUCUCACCGCCACUAUCUAAACUCUAAAACCAAAGAUCUGGAGAGCCAAGAUGUGAGAAGUUUGGAGAGUCAAGACGCCAGAAACUCGGAGAGCCAGCACCCCAGAGGUUCAGAAUGCCAGAAUGCCAGAGAUUUGAAGAGCCAACGCGCCAAAAGUUCAGAGAAACAAAAUGAUAGCUGUGGGGAGAGCCAAGACGCCAGAAUUGCGGAGAGCCAGGAUGGCACAGAUCAAUCAGAAAAGAGGACAUGGACUUUGACACACUGCUAUUUUGCCAACAUGGGCGGGUUUAUACAUGCCGCAAAAGGGAAAAGAUUUCUGGUUACUGCUCAGCAGCUGGCGAAGAUGGAGGGCCUUUCAUACGCAAGCCCGGAGGUCACAGAGGAAGAUAUUAAAGACAAAAGCAAGCAGGAUUGGUUGGCCAAGCUCAUCGCCGCUCUUCAGAUCUUGCAACUCAUCUUUUCCAUCAUCACGCGACAUAUCCAACGAUUGCAAUUUUCGCAGCUUGAGACAGUCACGCUCUCAUUUGCUAUUUGCGGCGUGCUAAUCUACUGCGCAUACUUCUACAAACCUCAAAACAUUGAACGUGCCUUUGAAAUCAAAGAUAUUACGAACAAUACCGCAGAUUGGUUCUCGUCGCUACAGUUUGAGAAGACUUAUGAUAGUCUUUGGGCAAUCAUGCGGAAUAAGGAAACUAGCUCCAAGGAAGCUAACUCCAAAUAUCUCAACUCUAACGAAGCUGAUAACGCAAAGUAUCAGAAAGCAACCAGAAUCCCGAAUGAUAACAUACCAAUCUAUAGAGGCAACAAUGACGUUCAUCCAGUAGUAUACUUACUGGCGCUGUCUUCUGGGCUUUUCGGUGCUAUACAUGCCAUUGCAUGGCACUUUGAAUUUCCCACCAAAGUGGAAAGGUUGCUUUGGCAGAUAGCUACCUGCAUUUCUGCAGCGAGCCCUGUCGUUGGCCUAGUUGCCGUCCCAAUUUCUCAAUUUACGAAGGCCGACGGGGACCCUGAACUAUUCGCUGGUAAUUGCCUAAGAGUGAUCCAGGAAUACUCUUGGCAUAAUCCAAAUACGCCCUGGGUUCGCAAUGCUAUAAAGGAUUUAGAAGAUGCCAUUGCUAAGGCCGAACCAAAAAGAUAUUCAGACAUCUUCCGUGAGGCUGGAGAUAGCAUGCUCGUGGAUCUUCGAGACUAUCUAGAUUUAAAGGGCCGCUUUCAGGGUUUAGACCCGAAAAUAUUUGAGCUGCACAGUGAUGAGCUAUUUAUUAGAAAUUUCCACCGGCUUCUCAACGCUGUGUUUGGUAAAGAGACGAAGAAAGUCGAGGAAGCAGCUCGGGUUGGCGUGUGGCCGAGACAGUCACUGCUUCCUCGCGGAGUCAACCAGGGUAUUUUGUACCUUACUGGAUUUCUUUACUGCGCUGCUCGCCUGCUAUUACUGGCAAUCUCAAUCUCUAGCAUUCGGAAGAUGCCGGGGUCGGUUUAUAUCGUUACAGAUUGGACAGGAUACCUGCCAACGUUUGGUGCGAUGGGUGGAUGA